GCCAGCGUAAAAUAGAGGGAAUGAACGUUUGACAGCCGCCGCCUGUCGCGUGUUGUGUAGCCCCAACAAUUGUGUUUUUUUCCCAAUUGAAUUGACAUAUGUGGAAUUGUAUUCCCCCGAUGAUUUGGGAUAGCCGGUGAUCGACACACUGCUCGCUUGCAUGGCCACCGUGUUGAGGAACCAUGUUUGGGUUGCUCCGGGGCAGGAUCAGACUGUCCACAGUCAGACCGCGCCACCGCCACUAGCUGCUGGCCGUCUGAGAGCUGCUGAGGAGCCCGGACAAGUGCUCUUAAACACGAGGGAUGCCACCACGGGAACUUACUUCUACGAAUACAAUGGGGCUCAGUCAGAGAUGGACGGCUACCUGUUCCCCUGCCCCCAGCCGGGGUCAGACUCUAAGAGGCUGUGCCGGGACGGAGCUCACCCUCCGGAGCCCUCCUUCACCGAGGACCUGGGCUCCCCCUACAGCGUCAACAUGAGCCUGCUGCUCCCCGACGUCUCCUACCUGCACCCCGGCCUCUGCCGCCCCGUGGCCAGACCCAUCAAGGCGGAACCCUUGUCCCACUCCCUCGUCCCGCCCAGUUGCCAGGACAACAACCGAGCGGGGAACCACCAUAUUCCCGGCCCCGGCCCGGAGUACCUGGGCGCAUUCGGUGGGGCCGACACCGGCGCUGGCUUCUUCAUCAAACAGGAAAUGACAUCAGGGGACUACCAGGACGUCCCCCUGUUCCAGAUGUUGAACUCUGAUCUGGAGCAGCUGGUCCACGGAGCACAGGCGAACUCAGAGCUGUGCGGCAGCAGCGGCGGCGGCCCCAUGUCCCAUUUGAGUCUUCCCCCAGUCGGGGGCGCGCGUCCGGGGCCGGUCCAGGCUUCUGUUAAAGUCGCCGGUGUGACGCCGAUCAGCGGGCACUGCUUCUCCCAGCACCGCAACCCCCCGCAGAGGCCUUCCUACCUGCCGCCCUCUCCGCCCAGUUCGGAGCCGGCUAGCCCGGACAGAGGGAAGGUCGUCCUCCAGAACCUUUCCCCGCCGCCUUCGUACGAGGCCACCAUCGCAUCCAAACUGCCUUUCCAGAACACCAACAUGGCGCUGGGUCCAGUCGCCAGACUCAAUCUGUCGGAGUUAGGCCCGAGCUCGCGUCUCACUAGCGUUCAGAGUGCGACUUCGGUGGUCCAGGCGUCAUCGGCGGCCGGGCCUUUGUCCCCGGUCUUGCCCCAGUCUUCCCCGGUCAAGAUUACACGGCGGAAUAACCCCGACCUGGAGAGACGAAGGAUCCACCACUGUGAUGUCCCAGGGUGCAAGAAAGUGUACACAAAAUCUUCCCAUUUAAAGGCACACCUGCGAACCCACACAGGCGAGAAGCCGUACGAAUGCUCCUGGGAGGGAUGUGAGUGGCGUUUCGCUCGCUCCGACGAGCUGACUCGCCAUUUCAGGAAGCACACCGGGGCUAAGCCCUUCCAGUGCGCAGUGUGCAACCGCUGUUUCUCCCGCUCCGACCACCUGGCGCUGCAUAUGAAGAGGCACCAGGCCUGACGCUCCAGCUCAUGAUCCCUGAUCAGACCUGCUCGUUUUUUUUUUUACUCUUUCUGGGGUUGUUUCUGUUUGAGUUAGAUCCGAAUUCUUAGAAGCGGAAAUCAGACGAUUUUAGAACUUACUGGUCUUUUUCUUUGAGUUUUUUUUAUGUUCCUUUUAGGAAAACAAUCAAACAGGUGUAGCUGUGCUAUGUUUGGAUUUUUAUGUUUUAGAUUUGGAUUUAUUUUCCCUCCUAUGGUGCGGGAAAUGUUUCAGGAAACCAUGCCAAGCAUCAAUUGCUUUUAAAAAAGAAAACACCAAUGAAAAGAAAAAAAAAAAUGUAUUAGCUGUUGUUGGUGUUACCAAUAAAAUAGUCCAAUUAUGUAUUUAUUUGUAUUAUGCUUGUUCCAAAGUUCAAAAGUGCAAAGAUUUUCAUUCUUCGCCAGUUAAAUGUUCACAUGAAUCAUAUACAAAUUAUUGUUUACCAACGAAAUAACCCAAACCUGAGCUAUUUUUUGCUGCAUUAUUAAUUGUGUUUGUCUCAUUGGCACAGAUGUUACAUUCAAAUCAGAUUGGCUGCUUAUCGUGUUAGGUUGAAUCUUCUCCUUUGGUGGUAGAGACAUUGCCUCAGACACUGGUCAUACCAGUUUAACUUCUGGCAAUUAAUCCUACGGCAUAUCAUGCGAUGGGUGUGGUUCCAUCAUAAUGAAUUCAGUAUUCAGUUUCGAAAGACAAGAUAAUUUUUUUUUUCCAUUUCCUUAUUCAUUUGAUGAGCAGUCUAGCAACAAUUCAUAGCACAAGGCUCAGAGGAGAUAUUCAAAGUUAAUGUUCAGUUGUCAAACAUACACUGGAAAGAAGUUCGCCAUACCUGGAUUAACAUUGGUUGUGAGGCUUGCUUUGUAAUGAAAAAGAUUGUUCCGCAUUUAUUCAAAUCAGUGUUCACCUGUGGAAAUUACACAUUAUUUUAGUGCAAAGGGUUUGACUUGGCCACAUCUUCAAAGAGCUGUUUGGAUCAAACACUGUUUCUUUUAUGAUUAUUAUCUUCAAAAUGAGCACAUUCUCCUUUCUGUUCUGUGGGUCUUUCCAUGGCGUUGGGUUUAAAUCAUACUGAAAAGUAUAUUAUCAAUUCAUACCUACAUAUAAUUAAAGUGCCUUUUUUAUUUGAAAAAGUAAAGGUUGUCAAUGUAAAUAUGCCAAUGCCGAAUGAAAGAGCUUCCUAUUUUUAUUUUUUUUAUAGUAGCUAUGUUUGGGAAUUUAGAUCAGAAAAUAAAAAAUAUACAUUUGUUGACCUUGCUGAUGUAUACAGAGCCAAUGAUAUCUAAGAUAGAGGAAUUAUAUUACAAUUUAUUUCAAUUAGUGACCAAAUGUUUUCGAAGACUCAGUAAUUUCAGUUUUCUAUAAAAAAUUUAAAUGUGUAUAAAAGUUAUGAAGCUCUUUGCAUAGCAUCGACUCCACUGCUUUGGUUUUUUAUUUAGAUUGAGCUUAACAACGGCUUUUUAUAGAGGCAGCAGUGGUGAAAUAUGACCACAUAACGGUUACACUAUUGGUACAUUGGUCUUGAUCUGUUGCACUGCCAUUAGUCAGAAUAUUGCCAAUAUCCUCAUUUUAUUUUAUUUACCCAAUCCUCAAUGUUGCCUGAUAACACAAAAACUCUGUAAUUAGUGUUACACAAUGUGGUGCCAUGGAUAAGGAAUAUAAACCUUUAUCCCACAUUAAUACCAGCUAAUAACAAUACAUUUAAAUAAAGUCUUGUGUCAAGGGUGAUGUAUUGUAUUUAUUUGUGGACAGUUGUAUGAAAAGGGUAUGUGGUACUUAUGUAUAACAAUAUAGCUUGGUGUUUUAUACUUUUGGAAUACAGCAUCAUGUCUUACUGUGUUUUACUACAAUAUCAAUAUAGCAGUGGUAGAGAUUAGAUUAAAUAUUACAUUUGUUUAGACAUUCACACAUCAGUUCUCUAUUCUAACCGAUACGAGAUAAUUUCUUCAAAUAUUAAAUACAUUUGAAGAGUUCCUCGCUGUGGUGCAGUUAUUCAACAUCAAAUCACUUGUUCUCACUGAAUUAGUUAAGUAUCAGUGACAUGACUCAUAGAGGAGGUUACGUGUCAAGCCCGAUGAACCCACUACAGCAGAAUCUGUUCCGGCUUGUCUGAGCAUAAGGAAAGUUUUGAGGUUUGUUUUGAUAUGGACUACAUAAGCCUUCUAAGGCCCCUCCCUUUCGUCAAGAGGAGGAUUUUGAUAUUAACUUAUCCUAUCUUUUCUCCUUACCAAUCACAUUCUCCCAAACUUGCCUAUAACUCAAAGGGAAACAUACAUACA